AUCUAAUGAGACGUCAGGAGGAGCUGCGGCGGCUGGAGGAGCUGCGCAAUCAGGAGCUGCAAAGACGAAAGCAGAUAGAAAUGAGGCAUGAGGAGGAGCGAAGGAGGAGAGAGGAGGAGAUGAUGAGGCACAGGGAGCAGGACGAGCUGAGGCGCCAGCCCGAUGGCAGCGGCUUCGUUCCAAACUACCACGAAAACGUUCUGUGUGCCUGAUGUUACUGGUGCUGCAGCCAUGGAACUGGACAGCUGGACACUGAGGCGUUGGGACUGGAUGGAUAACAUGUCUCCGCAGCAGCAGCAGGACGGCCUGCGCCGCGCCGGACAGCAGGACAACAAACGGAAUUACCGGCGUCAGUCUGCCCCGUCGCUGGUCAUCACCAAGGCUCUCACCAGGUCCAAAACUUUCUCCAGAGAAAGCGUCUCGUUCCUCGCAUGUCCAGAAACCUGUCCUCUCGUCCGGUCCUUCCUGACCGGCUCUGAUAGGUUCUUCCUCCUUUACGGACACGCCCAGCUGAAGACGGGCAUGCAGACCCAAGACCGGCACCUCUUCCUCUUCAGUGAUGUUUUGGUGAUCGCAAAAGCCAAAUCAGCGAACAACUUCAAGCAGAAAGUCCAGGUGCGCGUGUGUGAGAUGUGGACGGCAGGCUGUACUGAUGAAGUGUGUGAGGGAAGCACGGAUCCGGAGCGGAGCUUCGUCAUGGGCUGGCCCACCUGGAACUGCGUGGCUCUGUUUAGCUCAGCUGAACAGAAGGAUAGAUGGCUUUCACUCCUCAAGAGUCGGAUAAAAGAAGAGAAAGAGAAGGAGGAGCCAAAGACGAUUCCUCUGAGAGUUUACGGAAAGGGGCUGAACACCUUUGCCAUCACCAAGACACUUCCUGUCAGCAACUGGGACUCGGCCAAUGAGGUGAUCCGCCUGGCCUUGCAGCAGUUUGGCAUCAUAGGAAACGUUAAAGACUUCCAGCUGUGGGUCGUCUCCAAGAGAGACAACACACCUUACCCUCUGAUUGGUCAUGAGUUUCCCUUCAGCAUCCAGAUGAGUCACGUGAAAAGCUCAGUGGUUCUGGGAGACGGCGGCAGGGACACCGCGGCGCCCCCUGCUGACCGACAGAUGGCCAUGCAGGUGGAACAAAUGCAGGUGUACAAGCAGUGUCAGUUCAUCCUGAAGCCCCGCCCUGCAGAACCCCCUCAGCACCACCCGCCUGCAGAUUUCUCCCAGAAGUCGUUCAAAAGGCGCCGUUCGCUUGUUGGUUGGGCCUUCUGGAAAGGAUCGGCGUCUCAGCUGAACCAGCCGGCGGCGGCCGAAGAUGCUCCGGGCCGCUUGUUCGGCCGGUCGCUCAGCUCCAUCUGCGUGGACGGCGCUCUACCCAAGCCGGUCAUGGACAUGCUGGCCUUCUUGUACCAUGAGGGCUGCUGGACCCGUGGAAUAUUCCGCAGGUCGGCCGGGGCGCGGGCCGUCAGAGAGCUCCGGGAAUCUCUGGACGGCGGAGACUCUGAGCUUCCUCUCACCAAAGAGCACGUCUUCAUCAUCGCUGGAGUCUUCAAGGAUUUCCUGCGCAGAAUCCCAGGCAGCUUAUUGGGCUGUGAAGCCUAUGAAGAAUGGAUGGAUGUGUUGGAGGAAGAGGAUGAUGAGGAAGAGCAGGUCCAAGAUGUAAAGAGGAUGGUAGGUGGGCUGGCUAAGGAGAACGCGCUGCUGCUACGCCACCUACUGGCUGUGCUACAUGCUGUCCAGACCAAUGCUGAGGAGAACCAGAUGACGUCCUUCAAUCUCUCUGUCUGCAUCGCCCCCAGUUUGCUGUGGCCUCCGGGAACACCCUGCAGCCCAGAGGUGGAGGGACGAGGGACUAAGAAGGUGUGUGAGCUGGUGAGGUUCAUGAUCGAUCACUGUGAAGAGAUAGUGGGGGAUGAGCCAUCGGCAUUGUUUGGGGGGUUGUCAAGGAGACGCAGGAACGAGGAGAGCAGCACUUUAGAAUCCUGGACUUACCCCCUCACAGACUCCUCCUACGACAGCUUGGAAAACGAAUUGGACGAAAGAAGCAGCGCUUCUCCAGGUUCUUUCACAAGACGUGUCAGAAAAAACAGCCUGGAGUCCAUCUUAACAUUCAGUGACCAGGAAGCACAACCUUCUUGCACCUCGCCCUCCAUGGACCCUCAGCGUUCACAAAGGCGCCGUUCUGAGCCUGCUAUAGCGUACACUACCACCUUCUCUUCCUAUAUACCUGCUGCGGAUGACAACCUGGGUGACACUUCAAUAACAGAUGGAACCAUGACAAAUCUAUCAUCUCAACAUCCCACCAACUUAAACCUCACCACAGUCAUACAUCCACACACUGUGUCUCCUACAGAGCCUCUCCAGAAGGGGGCGCUUAAAGGCUACAUUGGCCUCCACCCUAACUCCUGGCUGAAAAAGGAAAGGAGGCUUUCGCUGACUAAGCAACAAAGUUUGGAAGAGGAGGACAGGCGAUUGGGUGGAGCAGCUCAACCCAAAUCAUCCACCAAAGGCUCAAAGGAGAAAGGAGAAAAAGGGAACAUCCAAAACCCACAGCCGGACUCACCCUCCAGCCCGUCCCUGCUCCACCGGAGCACAGGAGGCCUUCGCUUUAAAAAACCCGCCGGGCCGCCAGAAUCUUCCCUGACGGUUCAGAUGGGCAACAUGCUGAGCCACCCUGGAGGAAACGUCAACAUAAAGAGGAGCAAAGCACCUUUCUUCUACAGGCCCGGGAGACCGGCUCUCUCCCUGUUCAGAGAACCCAAAAGUCCAACGAUGGAGGACGGCAGCAGCAGGCUGACUCAGCGCCGAGGAUCAGAACCAGAGCGGCGGAUCGCUGAUCAGGCCUCCGCCUUCACACGCAGCAGGCUGCCCAGCGACCCGGGUCUGAAGCCGUCCCACGCAGAUGAGCCGGCCCGUUUCUGCCUCUCGCCCUGCGCCACCAAGGCAGUGAGAAACUACUUCUCCUCCCACCCGCUCAGCAGUCCUCACAGCAGCCAGGAGGUGGCGCUGGCCCUGGCAGAGAGCCAACAGGAGUGGCUGAAGCGAUGCAGUGACCCCACAGUGGAGCCCGAUUUGGAUCAGCUUCUGUUUGCUGAAGAGUCUUACGUUUGAAAUUCACUAACAGCACUUACCGUAUUCAUUUAAAUAAAAAUUACAAUUAGUCAAAUCAUCUUCUGCUCACGAGUUAAACACGUUUCAGGUCUUAGUUCUGGUUGCUUAGUGCCUUUCAGUUAUAGAUUGUGAUAUCAAUGGGUAGAUUUCCAUAUUUAUAGACGUUGCUAACUUUACAAAUACCUGCUGUAGCCUUCCUUUAUCAAUAACUGCACCUAUAAUUGGACUGAUAAUUUUAGCAGCAAGUUUUUUUUUUGCCAAAUUACAACCAUAAACUAUAAAUAUUUAAGUUGUUCUUGCAUUUAAAGACGAUUACGCUGUGUGGAUUUAAAUGUAGAGUUGAAUGCAUGUCAGAUGAGGUCAACAUUAUGAAAUAUUUAAAGACUUUUGCUGUGGAUACAUGUUCAGUUUGUGACGGCCAUUUUUCUUUACAUGCUCUAAGUUGCCAUUGUUGAAGUUAAAACAUUAAAUUAACUAAACUAAAAGGAAAACUCUGAUUCAGAAACUGCUGGUUAGAAAUGUGAUUUUUUUUUUUAUUUCAGUUUUUAUAAAUGGUGUGUUCCAGUCCUGUACAGUCUGAAAAUACAUUGCAAUAUUAAAGCGAUACAUGUUGGUUUUUGA